GCGUUGCCUGGUGACAUCAUCCGAUCGUUUGAGCGGGAACUGUUUAACCAAUCAGGGAGGAGCAGUAACAAGUAGAGGAGCUCAUUAUGGCGGAUUGAUAAGUUUUAGCAUUGUGAGAAGUGCUGUUUAUUUCUCACAAAUAAAGUAUUUAUAGUUUCUCUCAUUUAUAUUUUAAUUGUAUGUGGUUUAUACAUGAAUUAAUUGAUUAAAUGUCCUACUAAUUGGUGUGCUCGGAGUUUUAAAUCUAUUUUUAGCAUUUGGAUCAUUUUAACACAUACAAAUCCAUUUGUUUGGUCCUUUAACUCGACCUAAAAAUGUAACCCGUCGCAUUUUGCUUAGCUUAAUAACACACAUUGUUGUCAUUUACACGCAAUUUGUUAUAUAUUCGCUUAAAAAGUCUCUUUAAUGGAUCUUUAAUAUCGUGCAAAAAGGUAGGCCCCCGUUUACCGUCUGCGCAUGCGCAGAGUCUGCAUCAACAUCUCAGCUUGUGUGUGUGUUGGCGAUGCAGCCUCUGUGGCUGGUGGAUUCCUCAUUGCCUGGGCAUGAGGAAACCUAUCCUCGUCUUCCUCUCAGAGAGAGACUUCUAGGGGCAUUGAGCCUUGGUAAAUACCGCCACUACUACAUUUCCCAUCAGCCCCUUAACCACAGUCAUGAAGAGGAGGAGCGGUGCAUUGAGAAUGUCCUCAGGGCACGCUCCCCCUCCCUCCCUGGCUCUCUACACCGAGCAAGAGAUGAACAGACGGAGGGGGGUGGGAGUGAGAGUGAUAGCGACCUGCUGUUCUUCUCUUUUGCCUCAUCCUCCUCCUGCCUGCUUCUUUCCUCGUCAUCAGAAAGCGAAAGCGCUUCACAGAUCAGUCAGGGCCGCUCGCGCACACGAAAGCGCAUACACGCACUCUGUAGCAGGCAUGGCCUGAGCUCUCACAGCGCUAUGGGCAACCAGGAUGCAAAGCCGAAGCGCUCGGCCCCCGCGGGAGAUGGAGAGAGCGCAGCGGACGAGUGCAGCCAUGCUGACGCCACAAAGAAAGGAUUUCACACCAAGAAAUCCCACGGCAAGCAUGGCAAGGGUGGAGACGGAGGGAAGAAGAAAGGCAAGUCAGAGUCCAAAUCCGUCUUCAGCAUCCGAAAGAGAAAAAAUCUAGCCAAGGUUAAGGGCCUGCUUAGUGGCUCGCGGGAAGAUGCUCUGGAUUCGCAGCACGACGAGCUGGACACCAAAACACCCGAGCUGUCGGCUGAUGAGCUCGGCCAAUCUGACACAGAGGACCAGAGACCCGUUCUUUCCGACAAUAACAGCAGGCAGGAGACGCCGGACGCUCCAGAGAAGAAGGCCAGCUCCGGCUCGGACACGGAUAUCUACAGCUUCCACUCCGCAGCUGAACACGAGGACCUGCUAGCUGACAUUCAGCUUGCCAUCAGACUCCAGCAGCAGGGAAAAGACUGGAAACAAAAUGGCAUCACUGAGUCUGAAAAUAAACAACGCUACUACGCCAAAUCGGAGCCAAUUACCAUGCUGGAGACGCCACGCUGUCAGUCGAAUGGCCUGAACACGCACUCUGAACUUAAGAGCAACACAGAUGAAAAAAGAGAUGUGGAGAAAGAAGCAGAGAGGAAUGGAGAGAGGGAGAAGGAGAAGUGGGAGGAGGAGAUUGUUAACGGCAAGAUCGGUGCUUCCGACUUGUCCCUUUGUGCUGCGAUCACCGUAGCAACCGGGACAAAGGAGCCGGGGGCAGCGUGUGACACAGCCCCCUCUGUUGCUGAGGAGACAGUCGGAAGGGUGUUGAGUUUAGUCACCAAGACAACAAGUGAGGCCAGUAUUCCAGACUUCACAGCUUCAUUUGAAAGUGCAGUAGAGGCCACUGAGGAAGUGGAAGAAGGCGAUCUUCAAGAUCUCGAAGAGGAAGACUCGAGUUCAGACACUAAACGACCAGAGGUUGGCACUUCAUUAUCAUCUCUGGACCUAGAAUGUGUCGGCACUGAGGUUUUGCCCGCUGAGACUACAGUAGAAGACACAAAGGAAGAUGAAGUGCCCAUUGCAAGGAGGAGGAAGAGUAGUAUAUCACUCCCACAAUGGCUCCAGCAGGAGAGUCCUGUAGCCACACGGCAUGUGAAGCCCAACAUCCCAACAAUCAGCAGUCCAGCAGUGAAACCCUACCCUCCCAUCCACCCAUCAUACAUCAAAACCACCACGCGCCAACUUAGCUCACCUGUUUCUUCUCCCGUACCCUCACCCUCCCACAGCCCACUCUGCCCACGCCGCACCCAUGAGGCUCCGCCUACCACCAACACCAUCGCUGUUGCCCGGGCAGGACGACGGCGCCCCAAACGGCAACGAUCUUACAGCAUCACUGGUCCCAUCAGUCGCUCCGCAGACUGGACCGAAGAGCUCCGUCCCCUUCCACCCAAAACUGGCUCGGAGGACUUCCUCGAGUAUGGCGGCUCAGAAGGGACGCUUCGGACAGGACAGACUACACUUGAGGGCGGGCGAAGGGCUUCAGCUGGACAAGUGUCCACAGGCAGCUUUCAGGAUGUGUUCACAGGACGUACUCUGUUGGAGAGGUUAUUCCAGCAGCAGGAGAAGUCUGAGUGUGAAGAAGAGGCAGAGAAGCUGUGUUCUCGAAUCCUGGCCAUGGGGCUCCUCCUGCCCUUCGGCGACUGUUUCGGAGAGCAGUACGAAGGCAGUACCGCCCAAGACACCCCACAGUUCAGCCAAAAUCAGCUGUAUACCUGGGCUCCAGUGAGUCAGCCCCCUCUGUCACUGGAGCACUUUGAGGGGCAUUUACCAGGUCACAUCAAGUCCCUGUGGCCUCCACCUCGUCCCGAAACUGAUGUAAAACCCGGUCUCAAGUACACUGAGGCAGAGGAUGAUGAGGAACACCAAGCUGUUGUAUUGGGGCUGAAGAAACAAAAGCAGGAGGAAAUCCAGGAGAUUAAGGAAGAGUCCAUGCUGAACACUGUGCGCCUGAAGCAGGAGCACGUGACCGUGAUUCAGCAGCUGGAGCAGACGAUCGAGGACCUGCGCAGCAAGAUUGCCGAGUUGGAGAGGCAGCAACACCCCCUGCAGGACCAUGAUGUCAGUACACAGGAGCAGGAGUGUGGUGCAGACGAGAGUCUUUUUCCGGACGUGUGCCAUGUGGACCUACAGACGGAGACCUGUGCUCUCCUCUCAUUAGAGGCCAAAUCAGUGCAGACUUCUCCUACAUACGAGAGCUUUACUUUCAAAGUGCCUUCUUCAGAGCAGGGCGGCUCUGAGCAUCCUCUGCCCACACUGAGUGAGCUGGCGUCGGGAGCAGUUACAGAAUCUCAGCCAGCAGGGACUAGUUCUCCUAAAGCAGAACAAUUUGUGUGUACGUGCCAUCAGCAGCAAUGGCCGCCACCUCCACCUCCACCCCCUUUGCCUGGUUUAGCUGUCCUGCCUCCACAAUCAGAGCUCUCUGUUCCAAAAUCCCUUUCUGCUAUGACACUACCUCCAGCACCACCACCACCUCCACCUUUACCUGGCCAAACUUUAUUAUAUCCACCACCACCACCUCCUCCUCCACUACCAGGAUCAGUUUUUCCACCUCCUCCUCCUCCUCCUCCUCUGCCUGGGCAAGCUGCAGUGCUGCCACAUCCUCCACCAUUACCUGGAUCAGGUGUCCCCCCGCCUCCUCCACCAUUACCUGGAUCAGGUGUCCCCCCGCCUCCUCCACCAUUACCUGGAGCCGGUGCCCCGCCGCCUCCUCCACCUUUACCUGGUUCAGGUUCCCCGCCGCCGCCUCCACCUUUACCUGGAUCAGGUGCCCCGCCGGCGCCUCCACCCCCUCCAGGAACUCCAGCUCCCCCUCUGCCCCCAGGUGCCUGUAACCUCCCUUUCCCCAGCAGUUUGGGAUCUCUGCCUCCUCCACUUCCUUUUGGACUGUACGCUCUAGGUGCAGCCCAGGAGAAGUCUCCUCGAAAAGGACUGGUGGAGCCGCCACACCCGAUGAAGCCCCUCUACUGGACUCGCAUCCAGCUCCAUGCCAGAAAAGAAGUGAACCCUCUGAUUUGGGAGAAGAUCGAAGAGCCCUCGGUGGAUUUUGAGGAGUUUGUGGACCUUUUCUCCAAAACCGCAGUGAAGGAAAAGAAAAAGCCCCUGUCGGACACCAUCACUAGGUCUAAGACCAAACAGGUCGUGAAGCUGUUAAACAAUAAGCGCUCUCAGGCUGUGGGGAUUCUCAUGUCCAGUCUCCACCUUGACAUGAAGGACAUCCAGCAUUCUGUUCUGAACCUGGACAACACCGUGGUGGACCUGGAGACGUUACAAGCUCUGUAUGAGAACAGAGCACAGGCAGACGAGGUGGAGAAGAUCGAGAAGCACAUCAAGUCCACCAAGGAGAAGGACGGAGCCAAACCUCUGGACAAACCCGAACAGUUCCUGCUCCAGCUCUCACACAUUCCUGAGUUUUCAGGAAGGGUCUUCUGUAUCCUGUUCCGGUCCACGUUUUCCGAGUGCAUUUCCUCCAUCCAGCGCAAACUGGAAAUUCUGCAGAAAGGGUGUAAGACUCUGCAAAGUGGUUCUGGUGUGUUGCGGGUUCUGGGACUGGUUCUGGCUUUUGGAAACUACAUGAAUGGAGGAAACCGAACCAGAGGACAAGCAGACGGCUUUGCGCUAGACAUUCUGCCCAAACUCAAGGACGUCAAAAGCAGCGACAACAGCAGAAGUCUUCUGUCUUACAUUGUUGCUUACUACCUGCGACACUUUGAUGAGGACGCUGGCCGGGAGACUUGUGUGUAUCCUCUGCCUGAACCACAUGACCUGUUCCAGGCGUCUCAGAUGAAGUUUGAGGAUUUUAAUAAAGAUCUUUUGAAGCUGCGAAAGGACCUACGAGCAUGCACUGCAGAAGUGGAGAAGGUCUGUGGUGUCUCCUCUGAAGAGAACCUGCAGCCCUUUAAGGAUGAAAUGGACCAGUUUCUGAGUCGAGCUAAACAAGAACUGGAGGCGCAGGAAACACAGCAAAAAGAAACUCACAAAAUGUUCCUGGAGUUGACCGUGUCAUUCUCCGUGAAGCCCAAGAGUGGCGAGAAAGAGGUUUCGGCCCACACGUUCUUCUCCGUGUGGCACGAGUUCUCCACUGACUUCAAAGACCUGUGGAAGAAAGAGAACAAGCUAAUCUUGCAGGAAAGGUUAAAAGCAGCAGAGGAAUGUUUUAGACAAGCCAAGGAAAAAGCCACAUACAGUGUCAAACCCAAGCAUGCCACUGGAAUAAAAGCGAAGCUGGGCAUGAAGAUCUAACAAGCUGGACUUUUUAACCCUAAAAACGAAAUAAAAGUUCUUUCAGAUCCGCCAAGAGGUAGAGUGCAUGGACUGCAGACAUGGGCUAUAUUCUGUAUUAAAAUUUCAUCCAUCUGUAUCUCACUCUCUCACACACACACACACACACACACACAAACAUCCUUGUGAGUAAUGUAGCAGCCCUCAAACAUUUAUCUGCAACAUGCAUACAGGAAGCGUGUCGUAUGGUCACGUCCUUUCAGGGUGUGCGUUCAUGGGUGAAUCGCUGUGUAUGUAAAUUGGAGGAAAAAGACAUGUGCUACCAGUGAUGAAAACAAAAAGAAAUGAAGCUUGAUAAAGGGGGAAUGUGUGUAAAUUUCCCUCAGCUUGUUUAAACUGCAGUAUUUUUCUCUAAACCGAUCUUGCAUUGUCGUGGAUCACCAGCAGUAUGAUGACCCCCAAAAGCUCGGUUUUGUUUCCAGCCCAGUUUCACAGAUAAAAAUGAAGGCAGUGAUUUUUCUGUCAUCAGUGUGUUACGCUAUAAGAGGAAGAAGAAAAAAAACACAGUUUAAGUGCUUUACUGUGCUGAAGCUGUGUUUUUAGUUCCUUUAUCAAGAAUAAUGGUAACAGUAACUAGAUGUUACAUGUCCGUACAAGUGGCUUAAACGGAGCUCCGAAAAGGACUGCGCAGGAUCUGCGAGCUCAAACGAAUGGACGCACUAACGGAGACUAUCAGGAAGCAGUAGGACAUCUGAGGGAUGCGUGUUCACGUGAACAAUAGCAAAGUCGGCCUUAGAGACGAUCAGGUACACGCAUUGUUCUUCCUCCUUCAGCACCAGAGGUAUUACAAUUUCAGCUGAAGCCGUGGAACUGUAUUCUGUCUGUGUUUAACCCACGCUACAGGAUCAUGGCAGAAAAAUGUUUAAUAGGGAUUAAUUAUUUUUUAAAUGGCAACGUACGAGACUUGCUUAAAAUGUAUUUAAAAAUGCCAUUAUUUUAUCUAAUGUAAAGUAGUAUUAGCAUCUUUAUGUAAUAUAAAUCUUGUGUAUAAUUUUUAUAACUAUUUUUUCUGUCUCAGCAUGUGUGUGUUCAGUGUCGAUCACUCUGGUUCAGGAGAAACGAAGGUCUGCCCACGUGCAAUAACUGUCUUAUUGUUUGGGUAUUGUUUGUUUUCUGGUUGUUGUUUUUUUCUUUUGGAAAAGCAUAAUUUAUGUAAAAUAAAGAGAAAUAAAUUAAA